AUGGCCAACAGCCCCACAGGCGACAACCUCUCUGAAGUCGACCUUUUCCAAUCGAUACCAUGGUGCCAGGCGAUUCUCAACGAUCCAAACUACAAACUCGAAUCCACAGAGUCUCGCAUCCACAAGGACUCGACGCGGGAAGACGCCCUGCUCGGCCAGACUCUCAAGACCGACGACACGAUCCGCGGCUGGAUAUCACUCUACCGUCGACCGACAGCGUUAGCACCACUGAAAGACGAAGUGCACACGCUUCUCAGCCUCGAGGCGGGCCUCAACGGCUACGCGCGCGUGUGCCACGGGGGCAUCGUGGCCACGAUCCUAGACGAGGUCCUGAGCGUCCUCGUGGCCGUAUGUGGGCGAUCGCAGGGUCAAACGGGAGACAAUGUCACGGCGUACUUGAACGUCACGUACGUCAAGCCCGUGCCGACGCCGAGUGUGGUGCUCGUCAAGGGGAGGAUUGACAGGAUUGAACGGCGGAAACAUUUUGCAAAGGGCGAGAUUGUCAAUGAGCAGGGCGUCGUGCUUGCGAAGGCGGAUGGGUUGUUUGUGAGUGUGGAGAAGGAGAAGUUAUAG